AUGUCUCUAAGAAGGCUAUGGUGUUUUUGUUUUCAGCUUGUUCAAAAACAUCCAUCUGAUACUUGCGAGCAUGCUCUUUUGUAUUCAAGCAUUCCCUUUAAAGGCCAUACUAAUGAGAAGAAUUUUGCUGGUUUAUAUGUUGCUGAUGGAUAUAUUGCAUGUGGUUCAGAAACUAAUGAGAUCGUUGCCUAUACCUAUCACAGUAGGUGGACAACAUAUCCCUUUUGGUGCUUCCCCACAAGACAUUUAGACUGUAUUAGGUCGACCAGAUGGAAUUAUGGUGGUGUUCAAGACAAGCUUGAACAAUCUGAUCUUGUUGAUGUUCAACAAGAAAUCAUGGCACAUAAAUUAGACAAGAAGGACACACUAAGAUGUUACUCAAAAUCAUCACUUUUAGUCUCAAGUCCCCCUAGCUCUCCGACACAUCUCUCUCAUGAUGAGCUGGAUGAUUCCUAUGUUAUACCUACUAGAGGUGAUGGAAAUGAGAAUCCUGAACAUGAUGCGAAUGAUGAACCUGGAGAAGUUAGAGAAGUGACUACAAUGUAUGAUGAAGAUGAUGAUGGGUAUGGUGAAGAAGAUGAAGUUCAUGAAGGAAACGAUGAGAAUAUAAACCUGACACAGGAAUUUCAGCAUAUGGGUAUUGAAGAGAAAGACACGAAUAAGGUGAUGGAAAAUUUAGUCUUGGGAUUUAAAGAAGGUGUUGAAGUUAGAAUCCCAGGUGAUGAAACCGAUGUGAAUACAAUUGGGACACCAGAAAAAAAACAAGAUGCAGUUGAUUCAGUCAAUUCAGUGAUUAAUGAUUCAGUUGUUCAGCCUCAAAAUGCCACAUCAGAUUCUUCUGCCACUACACAUGCAUUACCUUCCAUAUCAUUUCAGACAGAUUUACCAGUCAAACACCAGUUUGGCUUGUUUUCUGGGCCUUCUUUAUUACCAUCUGCUGUUCCAGCCAUACAAAUUAGAUCCAUACAGAUGCCUCUUCAUAUCCAUCCACCUGUUGGUUCAUCAAUGGUCCACCUACACCACCAAUCACAACCUCCUCUUUUCCAAUUUGGUCAACUAAGAUACACAUCUACUGUUUCACAAGGAAUUCUUCCAAUAACUUCACAAACCCAUUUCACUUGUUCAACCAAACAUUUACCAAACCCAUUUCAACCUGGAUCAGACGUACCAAAGAUGGAGAGACAACAGACAAUGGUGUUUUAUAUGCAUGGAAUAUGCAAAAAUCAAACAUGGGAUAAGGUAGGGGAAGUAACUGAUGGGCCUGAUGAUGGCAAUGCCAUGAAGCGCCCAGUUCUUGAUGGAUUAUAA